AUGAGUGACACUCCCCGAGAGAUACCGGGUUUCUACUGGGACCCGGAGAAGAAGAGAUACUUCAAGGUUGAAAAGUCUCAGACAGCGCCCCCCACAGCGCAGUGGUCCUCAUCAUCCGUGAAGCGUCGUGAGCACGAGUCCCAAGUCGCAGAGCAGGCAGCCAAGAGGCAACAGCUCACAAAGAACCAUGUGAAGCGCAGCGUCUUGACCCGUGAUGCUGUUGCCUCGGGGCUCCUUGCUCGCGAGACGGAGAUUGACAGGACUGCGGAGGCUGGCCGUGGUAAGCGCGAGAACGGGGACGUGCUCGCCGCUGCGUGGGCUCGAGAGGUGACUGCCAAGGGAAAGAUCUCGUUUGGGAUGAGCUGGGAGCUGAGUGGCCAUCCGCACAUGUCGUGCUUUUACAUUGUUGGCAAGGAGAGCGGUUCCAAGUCGGCUAUAGCGUACUCGGCGUUGGAUUCACAGUUUAUGGUUGGAACCUACAUUGAGCCCACGGAGGCGGCUGUUGUACUAUCUCGCCCGCAGAGACCAGCAGCAGGCUCACUGCCAACUUACAACAUUGUUCAUUGUUCUCAUACGUCGUCGAUCAAGUACCAUGCGCCAUCGAAUAGGAUGCUCCUCACUUCAUCAGAGCCAAAUGUCGGUGGCACCUUGGUUCUGUUCCGGCCUCCCCUGGAUGACGUCUCCAGUGGAAGGAACUGGAGUUUGGACAUUGACCACAUGGCCAUUCCACUUGGAAAAAAGUGGUGCGUCGCCCAUCAGAGUACUCCUGCGCCGGCAGCAUCAAAUCUCCUAUGCGUGGUGGGCACCUCUGAUGGAAUCAUGAGCAUUCACUCCGACGAGACGCCUCGCUGGCUCAAUCCCCGCCCUCCCAAUCUCGGCCUUGAUGCAAGAGCGGAAAGGCCAACGCCGAGGGGACGCUUCAAUCGGCCACGAAAAACGCCGUUUGAGAUAUUCUCCCAGGACUUCCAGGUCGACAAUCACAAUGUGCUGUUCGCAGGCGGCCGGCAGCCUCGCCUCUGGAUUAGCGAUCUCAGAGCGCCGGCGGUCGAAUGGAGCUCCAUUAAGCACGGCUCUUCCAUCGCACACGUGCGCAGCAUCAACCCCUACCAGGUCAUCGUCGCCGGCUUACGGGACUGCAUGUCCGUCUACGACACUCGCUUCCUCCAGACUGGCGAGCAAAAAGACGCGGCGGGUCGAAACGCCUCGUCUCCGGUGCUCGACUUCUCCGAGUACCGCAACCAGGCACGGUUUGACAUUGGCUGGGACGUGUGUCCAGAGCUCAACCUCGUGGCCUCGGCGCAGGACGAUUCCACGGUCAAGCUCUUCUCGCUGAGCUCGGGCGGCCUCGUGCGCGCCGGCACAGACUUGGAGGGCUUCAGGGCCAAGAAUCCCGUCAAGGCGCUCAUGUUCCAGACGCUGCGUGGAGAGAGGCUUCCGAACCUGUACAUGGCUGACGGCGCGUAUUUGAAGAAGUUUGGAUGCGCGCCGGCUAGCGAUGGCGAUCAGGAGUGA